AUGGACCUCCCAUCGGCGCGAGAGCUGGAGCUCGAAGAGCUACUCAGGCGGCGGGAUGUGCAACUUGCUGAACUGAACGAUGAGGUAGCCCACCUGCGCCAGUACCUGUCCACACAGCCAGGACCGUCCAAGACUGAUCCCGUCUCUCUGCCUCCGGCAUUGGUCUCCUUGCUGCUCCCACACAUCAACACAAUCGCGGACGACGCACACGCGGGGUCUCGCUCUAGCACGGUGACAACUGCGCUCACGCAGCGCGCGAAGCUCUUACAGGAGGAGAACGACGAGCUGUACGAGCUGCUGAAAAGUGGCGAGACGGGGCGGCUGAAAGAAGAGGUCCGCGGACUGCGACGGGCAGUCGACAGGCUCGAGAUGGCGUUGCGAGAAUCGCACCUAGUCAUCACGUCGUUAUCGGACGAACUAGACAAGUCUUACGAUGCCAUCCAGUCGACCGGGCGGCACCACAACAACACCAAUGCGCACCCCCACCUCCCCACGCGCCAAAACUUCCACUCUGCCGCGCCCGCGCCCGUCCCGGCACAUCCACAGUCCACGAGCAACGGGAACGCCAAACCGCUCCCGACAGGCCCGCGCGCGCACAAGAAGCCGCGCCUCUCCGAACCCCAGAUCUCCCCCGCAAACUCAACCGCAGCGCUCCCGCGCAUCCAGACGCAGCAGACGCAAAGGCAGGGCUCGGCGCAGACCCGCGGACACAGCACCGCGUCGCCAGAGCGCUCGCCGGUCCUGCCGCCGGAUCACCGCAAGGCGUCCGGUGUGAAAAUGGAGGUGGACGACGACCAGCGCACGCGUCCACGUACGCCGCCACUGCCGCCGCCCCCCGCCCCCCGCGAUCGCGAGCGGGACCGUGGCCGCGACCGUGACCGGGAGAAGGACCGAGGCAGGGAUCGCAAUCGGGACCGCGAUCGUGAACGCACUUCGCGACGGAACGGAGGGCAGGGCGGCGGCGGCCGGAAGGGUGGGAGGACCGGCGGAGGUGGCGGCGGUGGCGGCGGGCGCCAUGAUAGCGGCGAUCGGACGUUGGCGGAGAGAAUGGGACUUUGA